CCCGCGGCCGACGCGAGUGCGCUGAGAAUCGGGGUGGAGUGUUAAAAAGGGAGCGUGUCUAGCGAGACCCGUGGCCCCGAAGAAGGGAAGCGAGGCGACGCGAACCCCUGCCCAACACCCAGAAGACGAGGGAGGAGGGCCGGGGCCGCUAGCAGCUGCUAGGCGCUUUUCGGUGACGCGGCCGCCACGCGCAGACGCGCUGAUGGGCCGCGGCCUCCACGUCUCAGGUUCCGCAAAGGCCUGUGGGAGCGACGCGGGAGAAGGAGGGCCAAGAUGGCGGAAGCGGCGGAGUCUCCAGGAGACCCGGGGACAGCAACGCCCAGGCCCCUGUUUGCAGGCCUUUCAGAUAUAUCCAUCUCACAAGACAUCCCUGUGGAAGGAGAAAUCACCAUUCCCAUGAGAUCUCGCAUUCGGGAAUUUGACAGCUCCACAUUGAAUGAAUCUGUUCAGAAUACCAUUAUGCGUGAUCUAAAAGCUGUUGGGAAAAAAUUCAUGCAUGUUUUGUACCCAAGGAAAAGCAAUACUCUUUUGAGAGAUUGGGAUUUAUGGGGCCCUUUGAUCCUUUGUGUGACGCUUGCAUUAAUGCUUCAGAGAGGCUCUGUAGAUAGCGAAAAAGAUGGAGGGCCCCAGUUUGCAGAAGUGUUUGUCAUUGUCUGGUUUGGUGCAGUUACCAUCACCCUCAACUCAAAACUUCUUGGAGGAAACAUAUCUUUUUUUCAGAGCCUCUGUGUGCUGGGUUACUGUAUACUUCCCCUGACGGUGGCAAUGCUGGUUUGCCGGCUGGUACUUUUGGCCGAGCCAGGACCAAUAAACUUCAUGGUCCGGCUUUUUGUGGUGAUCGUGAUGUUUGCCUGGUCCAUAGUAGUGUGGAUGAAAGGCUGUUGGUGAUCCAGCUAGGCAUCAGUGCUGUGCAGCCAAGGUGCGCAAGCCAACUUCAGGACACUGGUACACAAGAGACUGCCCAGCUCCAUGUAAUAUCAAAUGGGGAAAAUCUCCCAAAGAUCUCCAUGUCAACACCAAGACCCAGCUUCACUCAACAACAAGCAAGAUACAGUGAUGGAAACCCUAUGCCAAACAACUAGCAAGACAGGAACACAACCCCACCCAUCAGCAGAGAGGCUGCCUAAAAUCAUAAUAAAGCCACAGACACCCCAAAACACACCAGCAGACGUGGACCUGCCCACUAGAAAAACAAGACCCAGCCUCAUCCACCAUAACACAGGCACUAGUCCCCUUCACCAGGAAGCCUACACAGCCCGCUGAACCAACUUUAGCCACUGGGGACAGACACCAAAGCAACGGGAACUACGAACCUGCAGCCUGCAAAAAGGAGACCCCAAACACAGUAAGAUAAGCAAAAUGAGAAGACAGAAAACACACAGCAGAUGAAGGAGCAAGAUUAAAAACCCACCAGACCUAACAAAUGAAGAGGAAAUAGGCAGUCUACCUGAAAAAGAAUUCAGGAUAAUGAUAUGAAAGAUGAUUCAAAUCUUGGAAACAGAAUACAAAAAAUGCAAGAAACAUUUAACAAGGAACUUGAAGAACUAUUGAGGAAACAAGCAAUGAUGAACAACACAAUAAAUGAAAUUAAAAAUACUCUAGAUCAGAUCAAUAGCAGAAUAACUGAGGCAGAAGAACGGAUAAGUGACCUGGACGAUAAAAUAGUGGAAAUAACUACUGCAGAACUGAAUAAAGGAAAAAGAAUGAAAAGAACUGAGGACAGUCUCAGAGAUCUCUGGGAAAACAUUAAAUGCACCAACAUUCGAAUUAUAGGGGUCCCAGAAGAAGAAGAGAAAAAGAAAGGGACUGAGAAAAUAUUUGAAGAGAUUAUAGUUGAAAACUUCCCUAAUAUGGGAAAGGAAAUAGUUAAUCAAGUCCAGGAAGCACAGAGAGUCCCAUACAGGAUAAAUCCAAGGAGAAACACGCCAAGACACAUAUUAAUCAAACUAUCCAAAAUUAAAUACAAAGAAAACUUAUUAAAAGCAGCAAGGGAAAAAGAACAAAUAACACAUAAGGGAAUCCCCAUAAGGUUAACAGCUGAUCUUUCAGAAGAAACACUGCAAGCCAGAAGGGAGUGGCAGGACAUAUUUAAAGUGAUGAAGGAGAAAAACCUACAACCAAGAUUACUCUACCCAGCAAGGAUCCCAUUGAGAUUUGAUGGAGAAAUUAAAACCUUUACAGACAAGCAAAGCUGAGAGAGUUCAACACCACCAAACCUGCUUUACAACAAAUGCUAAAGGAACUUCUUUAGGCAAGAAACACAAGAGAAGGAAAAGACCUACAAUAACAAACCCAAAACAAUUAAGAAAAUGAGAAGAGGAACUUAGAUAUCGAUUAUUACCUUAAAUGUAAAUGGAUUAAAUGCUCCCACGAAAAGACACAGACUGGCUGAAUGGAUACAAAAACAAGACCCAUAUAUAUGCUGUCUACAAGAGACCCACUUCAGACAUAGGGACACAUACAGACUGAAAGUGAGGGGAUGGAAAAAGAUAUUCCAUGCAAAUGGAAAUCAGAAGAAAGCUGGAGUAGCAAUUCUCAUAUCAGACAAAAUAGACUUUAAAGUAAAAACUAUAACAAGAGACAAAGAAGGACACUAUAUAAUGAUCAAGGGAUCGAUCCAUGAAGAAGAUAUAACAAUUGUAAAUAUUUAUGCACCCAACAUAGGAGCACCUCAAUACAUAAGGCAAAUACUAACAGCCAUAAAAGGGGAAAUCGACAGUAACACAAUCAUAGUAGGGGACUUUAACACCCCACUUUCACCAAUGGACAGAUCAUCCAAAAUGAAAAUAAAUAAGGAAACACAAGCUUUAAAUGAUACAUUAAACAAGAUGGACUUAAUUGAUAUUUAUAGGACAUUCCAUUCAAAAACAACAAAAUACACAUAUUUCUCAAGUGCUCAUGGAAUAGUCUCCAUCAUAUCUUGGGUCACAAAUCUAGCCUUGUUAAAUUUAAGAAAAUUGAAAUCGUAACAAGUAUCUUUUCCAACCACAACGCUAUGAGUCUAGAUAUCAAUAACAGGAAAAGAUCUGUAAAAGAUACAAACACAUGGAGGCUAAAGAAUACACUACUUAAUAACGAAGUGAUCACUGAAGAAAUCAACGAGGAAAUAAAAAAAUACCUAGAAACAGAUGACAAUGGAGACGUGAUGACCAAAAACCUAUAUGAUGCAGCAAAAGCAGGUCUAAGAGGGAAGUUUAUAGUAAUACAAUCCUACCUUAAGAAACAGGAAACAAAUAAACAACGUAACCUUGCACCUAAAGCAAUUAGAGAAAGAAGAACAAAAACACCCCAAAGUUAGCAGAAGGAAAGAAAUCAUAAAGAUCAGAUCUGAAACAAAUGAAAGAGAACUGAAGGAAACAAUGGAAAAUGUUAGUAAAACUAAAAGCUGGUUCUUUGAGAAGAUAAACAAAAUUGAUAAACCAUUAGACAGAUUCAUAAAGAAAAACAGGGAGAAGACGCAAAUCAAUAGAAUUAGAAAUGAAAAAGGAGAAGUAACAACUGAAUGACAGAAAUACAAAAGAUCAUGAGAGAUUACUACAAGCAACUCUAUGCCAAUAAAAUGGACAACCUGGAAGAAAUGGACAAAUUCUUAGAAAUGCACAACCUGCCGAGACUGAACCAGGAAGGAAUAGAAAAUAUGAACAGAACAAUCACAAGCACUGAAAUUGAAACUGUGAUUAAAAAUCUUCCAACAAACAAAAGCCCAGGACCAUAUGGCUUCACAGGUGAAUUCUACGAAGCAUUUAGAGAAAAGCUAACACCUAUCUUUCUUAAACUCUUCCAAAAUAUAGCAGAGGGAGUAACACUCCCAAACUCAUUCUACGAGGCAACCAUCACCCUGAUACCAAAAUCAGACAAAGAUGUCACAAAGAAAGAAAACUACAGGCCAAUAUCACUAAUGAACAUAGAUGCAAAAAUCCUCAAAUAAAUACUAGCACACAGAAUCCAACAGCACAUUAAAAUGACCAUAUACUAUGAUCAAGUGGGGUUUAUUCCAGAAAUGCAAGGAUUCUUCAACAUACGCAAAUCAAUCAACGUGAUACACCAUAUUAACAAACUGAAGGAGAAAAACCAUAUGAUCAUCUCAAUAGAUGCAGAGAAAGCUUUUGACAAAAUUCAACACCGAUUUAUGAUAAGAACUCUGCAGAAUGUAGGCAUAGAGGGAACUUUCUUCUACAUAAUAAAGGCCAUAUAUGGCAAACCCACAGGCAACAUCGUCCUCAAUGGUGAAAAACUGAAACCAUUUCCACUAAGAUCAGGAACAAGACAAGGUUGCCCGCUCACGCCACUAUUAUUCAACAUAGUUUUGGAAGUUGUAGCCACAGAAAUCAGAGAAGGAAAAGAAAUAAAAGGAAUCCAAAUGAGAAGAGAAGAAGUAAAGCUGUCACUGUUUGCAGGUGACAUGCUACUAUACAUAGAGCUUCCUAAAGAUGCUACCAGAAAACUACUAGAGCUAGUCAAUGAAUUUGGUAAAGUAGCAGGAUACAAAAUUAAUGCACAGAAAUCUCUGGCAUUCCUAUACACUAAUGAUGAAAAAUCUGAAAGUGAAAUUAAGAAAACACUCCCAUUUACCAUUGCAACAAAAAGAAUAAAAUAUCUAGGAAUAAACCUACCUAAGGAGACAAAAGACCUGUAUGCAUAAAAUUAUAAGACACUGAUGAAAGAAAUUAAAUAUGAUACAAAUUGAAGGAGAGAUAUACCGUGUUCUUGGAUUGGAAGAAUCAACAAUGUGAAUAUGACUCUACUACCCAAAGCAAUCUACAGAUUCAAUGCAAUCCCUAUCAAACUACCACUGGCAUUUUUCACAGAACUAGAACAAAAAAUUUCACAAAUUGUAUGGAAACACAAAAGACCCCGAAUAGCCAAAGCAAUCUU